UUACUUGGAUCAAAAAUUGAAAAUUCAUACGCAGACUGCAUCGAGAUGACUACCAUGGCGGUUCGCACCAGAGUCCCUCACCGGCUGGUUCUGGUCCGUAACUUCGUGGACGCCAGGAUCAAAUGGGUUCGUGACCCUUACCUCGACACCGCCGUCGAAAGGGAGAAAAACCUCAAAGAAAUCCUUUCCCUCAAAAACCAAAUCUUCUCUUCUCCCUCCAAAUCCCUUCCCCUUUCCUCUCUCUCCCCUCUCAAAUCCCACUUCAAUCUCCCCACCUCUGCCUCCAAGCUUUUUCACAAGUAUCCUUCCAUUUUCUCCCAAUUCCAGCCCUCUCCUUCUAUUCCUCUCCACGUCAAGCUCGCCCCUCAAGCCGUGGCUCUGAACAAGGAGGAGCUAGCCAUUCACACCUCUCCCUCCCACAGAAACGACACCGUAAACCGGUUGGCAAAGUUGUUGAUGCUGACUAAAACAGGUAGGCUGCCUUUGCAUAUCGUAGACAAGUUCAAAUUUGAUCUCGGCCUUACCUCGAAUUACAUUACUUUUCUUCUCUCUGAUUAUCCUGAAUAUUUCCAUGUUUGCGAAUAUAAAGACCCUUGUGAUGGAAAAGAAACCCUUUUUUUAGAGCUUGUUUCUUGGAGGGAUGAGCUUGCUAUUUCUGAAAUGGAAAAGAGAGCGUCGUUUUAUGGCCAAGUGAAAUUGAAAAAAGGGUUGCCCUUGAGGUUUUCGAUGAAAUUUCCCAAUGGGUUUGAUUUAGAGAAGAAGGUGAAGGAUUGGGUUGAAACAUGGCAGGAUUUGCCUUACAUUUCGCCUUAUGAGAACGCGUUUCACUUAGGCCCCAAGAGUGACCAGGCGGAGAAAUGGACCGUGGCUGUGCUUCACGAGUUGUUGUGGCUCUUGGUGUCGAAGAAGACUGAAGGGAAGAAUGUGUAUUCUUUGGGAGAGUAUUUGGGGUUCGAGAAUCGAUUUGAGAAGGCGGUGAAGCAUUUUCCGGGGAUAUUCUAUAUGUCAAAUAAGAUCAGGACACAGACCGUGGUGCUUAAGGAAGCUUAUAGGAAAGAUUUCUUGAUGGAGAAGCAUCCCUUGAUGGGUAUGCGGUUUAGGUAUAUUCAUCUUAUGAAUAAGUCGGAUAAGUUUCGAAAGGGAGAUGGUGUUCGCUUGUUCAGGAGGAAAAGAAAGGUGAUGCGGUAUGCCGAUGAAGGAGAAGUUAUGAAAGAAGGCAGUAAGAGUUUGGAGGAAAAUAAGGAUUCAAAUGUGUCAUCUAGUUCAGAGUUUUACGAUGGUUCCGAUGACGAGAAUUUUAAAACAAAGGUAAUUGUUAUUUAGUAUGAAAAGGAUACACCAAGAUAUGAAAAAAGAUAAAUAUGAUAUUAGGGUCACAAGCUUGAGGCAAGGAAGUUCAGAAUUCUGCUAUAGCAAGCUUGACUGCAUGUACUUUCUUCAACUAUCGAUGCGUUUGAACUGUGAGAGAAAGAAGCAUAAACCUCGACAUGUGCGUAGCAAAAUAUGUCGAGUUAAUUUUUUUAAUGAUACAGUUGGCUUUGCUUUUUUUUUCUCUCUAAGAAAAUCAAAAUAUUGAACAUAUUUUUCUCACAAUAAAGCUUUAAUCCUUUAUAAAAGAGCUUAUCAUACAUCCCAUUUGGCAAAGCAUACUUGUGCAGUUUGCAUGGUUUCAUUACAACAUUCCAGACGAGAGAAUUGUUGAGAAAGAAAGGAAGAGAAAGUAUGGGAAAUGUAGGAGAAAUACAAGAGAUGCAAUGGCUGCCUUAUUCAAUGUCAACCUCACCAACAACAGUGUUGCCAUUUUUGUCUCUGAACCAUGUUUCUUUUGUCUGCAAAUCAAUGACUUGUGCGACUAUGGAAUCGGCAUCCGUUUGCUUGAAUUUGUAAGUGUUCCGGCAGCAAAGAAAGAA